AUGUGCAAAGCGGCCAUUCUGAAGGCGAUCUUCGUGGUGGGUCUGGUGGCCAGUCUGAUAUUGACCCUGGCCGGGUUCUACUUGCCCAGAUGGGAGGCAAUGCCGGAUGCAAACGGGACCAUUCAGACCAAAGGAUUGUGGAAAAAUUGUAUUCAAGAUACAGUUCAACAGACCCAAGAGCGUGUUGAGAAUCAAGAGUCAGUUGAAGGGAUUCAUGAGGCCUGUAAGAGCGUUUUUGAGGUGAGUCCAAAAAUUUUUGGGGUUUUUGAUUUGAAACUUUUUGAUGACAUUGAGAAUUUAUGGCACAAAAAUUAAUGAAAUUCUCUCAUUUGAAGCCGCAAAUUUUCAAUUUUUUUCCGAGCUGCGCCCAGUUUUUUAUUGAUUUUUCCCUUUAAAAUUUAUUUUUCUUUUUUUCAGAGCUCCGAAAACUACAUCAAGUUGUGUAUUUUCAUCCUGGCCCUCUCCUUGGCCCUCCAAUUGGCCGCGCUUGUGUGGUCGAUCUUCAGUUUCUUCGCCUGUUGCUGCCCCGGUCUUUUUGGUCUCAUCGGGAUACUGACUGCAUUGGCUGGAAUCUCGGAUCUGGCAUCAGUCGGAGUUUAUUAUUUCUCGGCCAACCAAGGUAAUUCUUCAAAAAAAAUAAUCAAAAAGAGUGGAGAAUUAUGUUUUGAUUAUUUUUAGAUUGGGCGGAGCAAUUGGAGAAAACCAAACAAGCAUAUCACACAUACAGCAACGCGACCCUCGAUGAGGACCUCACUUUUAUCAACAGGGACACGGCCUCUCUAUUUCUGGUCUCGUUUGCCGGCGUUCUGCUUAUUGUGGUUACCAUUGUCGCUGUUAUUGUUCAAAUGAUCUUCAAGAAAGUUCCAGUCCCUUAG